AUGUCAUCCAUAUACAAACUUUCGAUCUCCGGUAUACGAUCUUUCAGCGACCAAUCGCAGGAGACUAUCCAAUUUGGAAAGCCCCUCACACUUAUCGUCGGAACAAAUGGAUCAGGUAAAACGACAAUUAUCGAAUGCUUGAGGUAUGCGACUUCCAGUGAAUUGCCUCCCAACACCAGAAAUGGCGCCUCCUUCAUUAAUGAUCCCUCACUUCACGCAUCUAAUGAGACAAAAGCACAGAUCAAGCUCGCAUUCCAAAAUGUCAAUGGUGUCAGCAUGAUCUUGUCGAAGAAUCUAAUGGCAAUCCGAAACCCCAAAUCGCAUAACACCAGUUUCAAAACAAGAGAAAAUCAAUUGAUGGCCAUUAGGCACGGCGAGAGACAGACCAUCAGCUCCAAGAUGGCCGAUAUCGAGUCAUUGAUCCCUCAACAGCUGGGAGCAUCGAAGGCUGUGCUUACUUAUGUGAUAUUCUGUCAUCAAGAGGAUAAUUUAUGGCCAAUCAGUGAUUCAUCGACUCUUAAGAAGCGAUUCGAUGAGAUAUUCGAUUCUGUCAAGUUUAUUAAAGUGCUUGAGGAAUUGAAGCUGACGUCGAAACAGUUGAAUGUGGACAUUAAAGUCCUCGCGAAUGAUGUCUCACAUUUGAAAAAUGAUCGUGAUCGUGCAGUUAGUCGUGAGCGGAUGAUAAAUCAACUUACAAGCCAAGUUUCCACUCUUGAGGAAGAGAUGAACACGUUACAGGAGCAAAUUGAUAAUGAUGAUAGACGGUUGGAUAAGCUUUAUAGCAGCAAACGGGAUUAUGAGCAGACCCUUUCAAAGUUGUCGGUGCUAAAGCAGGAAAAGCUUAAUAUUCAGCAUAGGAUUGACCGGAUAAGAUCAACGACCAAAAUACUCAAAGUACCAAAAGAGGUUUUGAAGUCCAGGCUUAAUCAUUUUUCGACCUUUCUUGCCGAUCAAAACCAACAGGUCGAAGAUAUUACUAAGAAGAUAAAGGAGCUAGAUGCCACAUAUCAACAUUUAAUGUCUGAAUAUGGCGAAAAGACAUUUGAGAAGGGAAAGCUUGAAGGAUACUAUCAAAAAUAUAAAGCAAAUCGGAAUGAGUAUGCAGGGCUUAUUUCUUCUUUUCAAAAAGACGUUGAUGCUACCGCUCCAGGAGAACUGAAGAGAUUUCAACAGUUUGUUAAGACGGCUUUUGAAAGCUUGAACUCAGACUAUCAAAAGAAAAUGAAAGUAGAGCAAGAGAAAUUGGAUCAGCAACAAGAAACUGUGAACGAACUAAAAGAUAAACUAAAAGAGCAGACAAGACACUCAGAGUAUAUACAUUCAGACAGGGAAAAUUUGAAAAGGACUUGUCAAAAGAUGCAAGAUAAGCUCUCCGAAUUGAGUGAUAACUCCCUCAGACUUGAAGAAGCAAAGUCCGAUUUGGUAGAGAAAGAAAAGCUGCUUCAAGAAUUUAAGCAAAAGAAGCAGAUAUCUGGUAUUGCUUCUGAAAUUGAAAAUAUAACUAACACUAUAAAGCAGGACGAGAUUUCAAUUGAUGAUAUUCACCGCAAGAUGGAGAUUGUUCGUACCAAUGAUAGCAUUUCAAGUCGGAAGAAGGUUUUGGUUGACAUGAAUACGAAGACUGCCAAGAUGAGAGAGUUAGCAUUGGGAAAGGUUAGAAGCGUUGUCACUUUUGAAAAAGAUCCGGAUAGCGAGUAUUAUACAAAGCUAGGGAAAAUUGAUAUUGCACAUACGAAGCUAAAUGCAGAACUUGAAAAGCUGAAAAUGCACAAAGCAAAGCUUGAAAUAGGACUCACAUCACAAACUGAUGCAAAGACGUCUUUUGAGAAAGAGAUCAAGACUCUAGAAGUAAAUUUUCUACGGUCAGUUCAGGAAUAUAGAUCAAUUUAUAAUGGUGAUGUGACGUUGGAUAAUUUUGAAGAACGCCUACAAAAUGUUGCCGAUGAUUACAACAGCGACUAUGUAGCAAUGAAGAAUCAUGAAUCAUAUGUUACGUUUAAUCAACGUGCGAUAGCAUUGGCUGAUUCCAAAAAUGCCUGUCUUUUGUGCCAUAGGGAGUUUCAUGGUGGUGAAAAAUCACAAUUUUUUGAGAUUCUAAAAAAGCAAACAGCUAAACUUUCACAUACAGAAGAGGCAAGGCAACUGCUGAAAAAUAAACAGAAUGUGUUACAUAUCUUUAGAGAAACAUCAAAAAUAGUUUCAAGGCUUAAGCAGUUGAAAAAUGUUGAACUGAGUAAGGCGCAAUCAACUAUAGACAAGUUGAAUACGGAAAUUUCAGCAAUAUCAAGAGACGUGGAUUCCACAAAAGAAAAAAUCGAGGAGAUUACAACUGAAAGUAAUCGUUUGAAAAGUAUUUCACAGGAUAUAUACAACGUAAAGCAUUGGACCGAAGACAUAGAAGAGAGAAAGGAUGAAAUUACGAAAAUAUCCGAGGAUAUUGUUGAUGAAGGACUUGAAUAUGAUUAUGAUGAACUCGAGAAGACUUACAAGGAGGUUGAGCAACGUAUCAGAAUAUCAAGAUCAAAGUUGGAAAAUCUAAGGAGUGAUAAAGAACUAAAGACAACCGCGUUUAAUCACAUGAAAGCGGCAGUUAGUGAGCUCCAGAUAAAAAUAAAGAACUUGGAACUUAAGUCCAUGGAUAAGAUUAAUAUUGAACGUUCUGUUGAGGAGAACAAGAGGCAAAUCCAAGAAAUGGAAAACGCAUUGAAAGAAGCGGAAGUUGAGAUUAGCAAAAUUCAAAAGAAAUAUGAAGAGAAUAACCUGGAACUUCAGAAGAUGGCAAACAGGAUGGAAAAGGAGAAGGCCGAGUCCGAAAAGAGCAUAUCUGUGCUGAAGGAAUACUCAGAUAAAUCACAAAUGCUAAGUAAGGACAUUAUGGAUUUUGAGGAAAAUAAAGCUGCCACACUUGAGAAGACUAAGGAGGAGGCAUCUGUUCUUAAGCGAAAGAUGACCGAAAUGUCAUCGCAGAUAGAGAAGGAGGAAAAUUCUCGAAGAGAGUUGGAGAAAGUAAUUAAUGAUGCAAACGGACAGGAAGCCACAAUUUCCUACAAUCUAGAGCUUUACAGUUUGGAUGACGAGUCAGUGUCAAUUGAUGAGCAGAUUGGUAUGCUUGAUGUGGAAAAGGCAGAGGCUGAGAAGAGUAAAUAUGUUGAAGAGAGUCAGAAGCUUCAGGAACAGCAGAUGCAGCAUCGUAAAGAGUAUGCAACAAGAUUGGGACAGAAAACACAAAUUGAGAGACAGAUUUCUGAUAUUAGAACGGAAAUACAAAGGGAUUUCAAAGAUGUAAAUAAGCGAUACGUGAAGCAAUGUGCACUGUUGCAGACAAAGCUUGCUUUAGUCACGGAUUUGGGAACAUGCUAUAAGGCUACUGACGAUGGUGUGAUGAAAUUCCAUCAUGAAAAAUGGCUGAGAUCAACCGGAUUAUAG